UUUAACGAUUGAUUUCAGUUUUUUGGUACAUGAAAUAUAAGAUUUGUUCGAUUAUUUAUGAAAUUCAGUUUAAUUUAGGUUUCAUCUUUUUUCCAGUUUGCUACAGUUUAGUUUGUAGUUUCGGAUAAAUGUACACAAACCUAUACACUAUAUAUAUUAUGUAGAAAUUUAUUUUAAAAAAAUAUAUUUAAUUUUAAAAACGAAUCAGCGCUUUCCAAAAGCGGAUCAAAAUUAGUUUGUAUAAACAAAGACAGAUGAGCUAAGUUUUGUUGACAAUUGUGCGUAGGUUUUCUUUUUCAAUUUAUCAAUUCUGACUUAUUUAGGCCCACUUAUAUAGAGGGCCUUUUCCGGCCCAGUAACGUUUUCCGUACUAGUCAAAGUCAAAACUCUUUCAAAAGUGAGAGUACAAAUUGGCAUGUUUUAUUGGUGCGUUUCUCUAUCCUCCAGGCAGAGAGAGAGAGAGACCUGAAACGGAGACUAGAGAGAAUUAGCAAGCAAGGCGCAGCGAAGGGAAACGAUUCUUCUACUGUGACGGGAAACCAAAAAAAUGUCGGGCAAGAGUGUUUAUAAUUUGCUUCAGGAUAAUGUGAGCAAGCCUCGCUUCUGCAAGUCUUUGUCUUCGGGAGAAACUUGGAGUUCUAAAUCCGUGAGGAUUAUCCCGGAAGAGUUCGUGAGAAGCGCGCCUGGAGCUUUUGAGCACAGAGUGGUGUUCAGUGUUCGUUGGGGCAAUUCCUGGCAGCUCUGGCUCCAGAGAGACAAGAACGGUCUGUUUAUGGAAGAAGAGGACUGGGAUGAGUUUGUGAGUGAUAACUUCUUAGGACCAAAUGAUGUCUUGCUCUUCACACACGCAGACACUAUGUUCAUUGAAGUGCAAAUCUAUAAACAAGCUUCGUACCACUUGAAAGAGAUCACUUCAGCACCUCUCCAAGCUGAUCCUCAAGCUGAAGUGGUUACCCCCAUGCCCCAGACUUCUCCACCUGCCCCUGCCCCUGCAUCUACAAGUGGAGCGAGACAGGCCGGUGCUCAUGUCAACAAUCCUGAGCAGUACCUCUCAAAUCCGAGUAACCCUUUCUUUGUGAAGACGCUGGGUAAAAAGAUCGAUGUUCUGUAUGUGAGCCAUCUGGUGACUGAGAAGUAUGGCUUGCAGUUUGGUCCCCACAAUUCCACCAUGUUUUACCUCCUUCCCAACGAAAAAAUCGAGGCUAACACUAAGAUCUACGGAGGGUGUGCUUGUUUCAAUGGCUGGGCUGCUAUAUGUCGAAAGUACAAGCUCAAGCAAGGAGACGCUGUUGUUUGUGAGCUUGAGCGCUCAGGAGCUGUGGUCACGGCUGUCAGAUUGCAUUUCCCCAACGAAUAAAGAGAUUUGAGUCUUCUCCAAUCUCCUUCCUAUGAGUUAUAGCGUAGUGGUAAGUUUCUCAUAAAGUGUAAUGCUAUGUGCUACCCUUUAUGUUGGGAUAAGUAUCUCUUAAUGGUGUAUUUGAGAAGUCAUCUAAGAGUAACACAAUCAACUUGUUGUUGCUGACUUUUAUUCUUGUAAGUUUGUAGCUAUAAAUGGCAACCUUCAUGUGCCUUCUCA